CAGAUCAAACCUGUACGUACUGAAUAUUGAACCAUUAGAAGGAAGACGCGUGAAUGGAUUCGCGGAGCAGUCAGGGACGGAAGAAGGAACCUUGCAGAGAAGCCUGGACACCUGAGGAAGACAGGAAAUUGGUCCAAGUCAUUGAAUCACAUGGCCCCAAGAGGUGGAAGUUUAUAGCAGCCAAAGCAGGUCUAAAUCGAUGUGGCAAGAGUUGCAGACUCAGAUGGUUAAAUUACCUUAGACCCAAUAUCAAGAGAGGCAAUAUAUCAGACCAAGAAGAGGACUUAAUACUCAGGCUUCACAAACUCCUAGGCAACAGGUGGUCUUUGAUAGCUGGAAGGCUCCCAGGUCGAACUGAUAAUGAGAUUAAGAAUUACUGGAACUCUCAUUUGAGCAAGAAGAUAAGUCCAAGGAAACAAAACAGAGGUUUCAAAAAAGAUUCCUCAGUGGAGAUAACUACAGCGCCCGAGAAAGCUACAGUAAUUAGUAGUAAUGAAGAACAGGAGCCUAAGGUGGUGGAGAACUCGAAGCCUGGCUUUGUUGAAGACCACGAAUUGUUCAUUCCCUGUAGCAGCGAAGGACCGCUAAAUUUGGAAUGGGUGAGCAAGUUUCUGGAAAUGGACGAAGCUUGGUUUGGAUUUGCUGAUCCGUGAACUCCAUCAACUUCCCUCCUUUACUUCUUGUGCGUGUCAAAGUUUAUGUUUCAGUGUUUGAUGUCUGGUUUAAUUCGGGGAUUAUUCUCUGGUUUACAAUCAACUAUCAUUGUUGCAUAAUUGAUAUCUCAUCUUCUGUGUGUCUUGUACUAUUAAAGAAGAAAAGCCUCGUAAUCACAUGAUUGGAAUCAAAUUGAGAACGCAGAA